AUGGGUGGGACUACGGAUUCACGAUAUAAAGGUGUACUAAGAUAUAAUUCUUUCUUUUGUGAGAGACAAGAGAAAAGGAAAGAAACCCAUGGCCCCAGAAAGGAAAGAGAACCGAGAGUUUCCAAGCACAAGAAGCAUGCAUGUUCUAAAAGGAGGUUUGAGCCUGACCAAAAGAAGGGAUUCAUGAAGAAGCAGAAAACUUUGGAAUCAAAGUUAGCAGAUCUUAAGAAAGAAAUGAACCACGAGGAAUUGCAGGAAUACCAAGAAAAGCUGGGACAAUUGGAACAGAACUUUGGAACAGACAUUUCUCGGGAGAUGGAGGCAGGAGCAGUGGGGAAGUAA